GGAAAUGACAAGAGUUCAGGUUCAAGACAAGUUGCAAACACAGCAGAGAGGAGAGACUAGCGUGUCACCUGCUGCAGCAUCUUAAGGGUAGCGGUCCCUGUCAUCAUCCUUUCCCAAAGACCUCUGUAACAGCUGAUAAUUCAAACAAGGCAACAAAGAGGAAGAGGUAAUUAAGAACUCAAGGAAAAAUAUUCUUUCGAGUACCCUGGCUUGUCAUUUCCCUCAAAGUGAAGAAAGGACAAGUAGUUUCUGUUUCAGAGCUGCUUGAGGAAAUACUUGCAUUAUCAGAAAACAAGACACACAAGUUAUCUCUAGAUAAAAUAAGCAUAGCAGAUGUUCUGACAAAGAAAUGUGCACUGUUUGCUUCUUAUGAAUCAGUUACCAGCAAGCGUCUCAGGCACACGGGAACUGACAGGACAGAAAAAGUAACUGCAUGCUUUAUAAACUGGUGAGCUCUUUGGGGCACGUGCAAUGAAUGGACUGCCAGCGAUAUACAGCAGAAUAACGUCCAAGUCUUCAAACAGAUCCACAAAAAUCAGAUAAUAUUUCUUCAACAAAGCAUCCUGGCCUCUUUAAGCAUUCACAGGAAACAGUUUCAGUAUUUGUAUUACUCACAGAAAGGCAGAUGAACUGAAAUCUUGGGUUAAAAACAAAAUCACCCACUUGAAAUUGAAAAGGAAACUGUUACUAACCGAUGAUGGCAUCUUGAUACCUGUUUAACAAAAGCAGAAACAUAACCACAAAGAAAGAAGCAGUGAGAUUGGCAUUUUAUACGGUAUAUUUGAAAGAAGGAAUAUCUUUUAUUCGUCCACAGCUAAUCCUCGACAUGUUAAAUAACAUUUAUAUAGUUUUUGGAAUCCUCUUAAGUUGUGAGGCUCACAUGAUCUACCAGAAGUUGCAGACAGUAAGUCGUCGAGUUUGCUCAAAGCAGUUGCACAGAGUUCCACUGGUAUACAAUGAGACGUUCAUCCAGCCUGUUUACAGGCCGGUGCUGACCAUGUGUGAUGGCCAGAGAGUCUGCAGCACAUACAAGACAACAUACAAAGUGUCACUUCGGCAAGUGCAGAAAGAGAUUCAACAGAGCAGUUACAUCUGUUGCCAAGGAUGGCGAAAGAAGCACCCUAGUGCUCACACCUGUGAUAUAGCUGUAUGCUACAAGCCUUGUCAAAAUGGUGGGACAUGUGUUAGCCCAAAUUCAUGCCAAUGCCGCCCAGGCUGGGGUGGGAAGUAUUGCCAAAUAGAUGUUGAUGAAUGCAAUGCACCUGUACGUUUUUGCAGCCAGCGUUGCAUUAACACCCCUGGCAGCUAUCAUUGUGAAUGUAGUCCUGGUUAUAUUCUGGGAAAUGAUGACAAAUCCUGUGUGAAGCAACCUUUUACCACACCAGCUCCAGUCAUACCUACAACAGGUCUGAGUGAUGCCGCAGCAGAGAAACUAACCAAUGAAGUUCAAGAACUAAGCAGUAAAAUGGAAGCCCUACACAAACGGCUGGAAUGGACAGUGGAGUUUCUACAGAAUAUGAUUCCUUGGAAGCUUGAAGAGAUCAAACGUGAAAAUGCUGUGGCAUUCUGGGAGAAAUUCCAACAGCUAGACCAGAUCGAAUCCCUCAGUGAGCAAAUGCUCUUCUUGGAAGAGAAAAUGGGGACAUGUCCCUGUAAAGAGAAUCGGUGACUGGAACAACUUGAAUAACUACUGGUGGAAGCCUAUUCCUUUCCCUGGCAGGAAAGUGUAAGCAAGGCUGCCCACUCUUUGCUACUUACAGAUGUUUAUUAACAUUCGGAGGCUGCUGGGAUAGUGCCUUUUCAGAGAUUCACAUUGGAUAACUUGACAGGAUGCAUUAUCCAUCCUACAGGACUAGGAAAUAAGGCAAGAAAAUGGGACAGCAAAUGGAUCAGGAAGAGAUGCCGAACAUUCAGGUGUUAUUCGCUGGCAGGUUUGCAUACAACUGAAGACUGUUACAUUCCCAUCUGCAUUUCUACUGGACUGCUUAUAUGGUGCUAGCAAAACUGUUUCUGCAUAUUUUAAAAAUAAGAAUGAAACCAAAUAUUUGAAAUUACAUUUCUUUAUUUAUGUUGCUAGUAUUAUUAUUAUUAAUAAAAAGUUUUAAUUUUUUUCAA